AUGAGAAUUUCUACUGUCUCUGCAGACGGUUACGAUCCUGACGUGAACACCGAACCCUCUCGCUCUCCUUCUCCCGACCCGCUUGCCCCGCGCGGCUUCAAAAAACGUUCCGGUCGACAAGCCGUCUCCAGAAAAGCGCGUGGUGUCAUCGGAAAGGUUCGCGCAUUCCAGCGCAUCGCGGCUGCUAAGAUGGCGCAUCCCUCAAUCAAGAUCGACACCAGCGUGCAGAGCACCAAACGCGGUCUUCCCUCCGAUAAUGAUGGUCUCGAUAUGGAACAGGGGAACCCCCGCUUGGAUGCUGGGAACACUGAGGACGUGCCACCGUUCCUAUGCCAAUCAUUCACAGAUGAGAAUGCGGAAGCUGACAUCUUCAUCUACCUGCAGAGAUCCACGAAAAAUUCGAUGAACUUGAGUGGAUCCAGAGAGAACGUAUCCAGAGUGCCUCAAACGACCCAACCCACCCUUUCGCAACUGACAAGGACCCCCCGAGCCAUAGCGCGCAAUCGGUAUCUGAACGUGUUGGCAUAUGCGAAUAGUCGGAUCCAUCUGCAGGUUCCCGAGGGCGAGUGUGAUUUCAUAAAUGCUUCUCCGGUUACGUUGAGGGACUCGGUCACCCUGAAGGAACAGAAGUACAUCGCAACUCAGGGACCAAAGGAUGACCAAUUCGGAAUAUUCUGGCAGAUGGUUUUCCAAGAGAGUAUGGAUGUGGGAGUAAUCGUAAUGCUUACUCAAACCUUUGAAAUGGGUCGGGAGAAAUGCGCCCAGUAUUUCCCUUUGAAUUCUGAAGACCCUGUAAUGGACCUUUCAUCGGAUGAUUCAGAUCCCUUUGUCAGCACCCCAACAUCAGACGAAACAUCUGGUCCUGUGAAGACCGUUACCCUUCUAGAUUACUUCUUCGAUGAAGCAUCCCGUUCUGAAGUCCGCAAACUGGAAUUGACCUUUGGCGAUGAAACCAAGAUCAUUUGGCAUUUCCUGUUCGCUGGCUGGGCUGAUCAUUGCAAGCCAGAGGGACAAGAUCGCGAUGGCCUGCUGGAGCUUAUCAAGCUAUCGGCUUCCAAGUGUGACCCCGCUAACCCACGAGUGGUGCACUGCAGUGCUGGUGUCGGCCGCACUGGAACCUUCAUUGCCCUCGAUCAUCUCCUGCGCGAACUUGAAUCGGGUCAGCUGCUGCAGGUAACCGAUCCCGAGGCUGAUCCGAUCUUCGAUCUUGUCAACCACAUGCGUGAGCAGCGUAUGAUGAUGGUUUACAAUGAAUUGCAAUGGCAAUUCAUUUACGAAGUCGUCCGCCUCAAGACCGAUCAGAAGCUUGGCAAGUACGCCAUGGAGUCACCCGGCAGCCAGACUGAACCUCGUUCCGCAAAGGUCCCCAAGCUGAGUGACGAAGAUGAGUAUGUUAUACCGUCAAAGCCUGAAUUGGAGCUUGCCCCAGGCGGAGUUCAAACUCCGAUGCGAAGUUGGUCUGGAACCCCCAAGGUCUCUGACGAUGAAGAGGCCUGA